AUCUCCUUAACUAAAAAUGAAAUUGUCAACCUACAGUUCCACAUGUGAUGAAAUUCGAAUGUUUCGUGAUAGUUUUAUCGAUAUAUUUGCUUGAAAAACUAAUAGAUAAGGUGAAAUCCCUAAAUUUGGACCUGAGUGGAGAUGAUAACUCUGGUUACUUCAAUAAGUGCUUCGAAGAGCUCGGUUGUGUCGAAGCAGAUUCCAGAUGGUUCGAUAAAAAAUUAAGACCGGUAAACAUGGAACCAGCAGAUAGGCAUGUUAUCAAAACCGAUUUUCUCUUGGUGAAAGAAGACAAGAGGGAUCACUUGGACGAGGACUAUGAGGGUCUUUUGUAUACGAGUGUUACUGCCGAUAUGAAAUCACUGAAAUCUUCUGGAUUUAAGAAAUCUUCCGACUUGAUGUUGUUAAUACAUGAUUUUACGUCGAAUGGAUACACAGGUUGGGUCAAGAAUUUAGCCAGGGUGGUGUUCGGCCAAUCAGAGGACUACAACGUCAUAUCCGUUGACUGGCAAAGAGGAGCUGAGCCACCAUACGACCAAGCGAUCGCCAAUGCAAGAGUCGUUGCUCUAGAGGUUAUAUUUCUUCUGAAGGAACUCAAAGAGAACUUCAACUACACAUUGGAUAAUGUUCAUAUAGUGGGACAUGGUGUCGGGGCACAUAUUGCCGGAUAUGUUGGUGCGACGUACAACGAUAUACGCAAAAUCACAGGUUUAGAUCCAAGUGGCCCAAGAUUUGAUGGUAUGCCUGACAUUGUUAAGCUCAGUCCUACAAAUGCUAAAUAUGUAGAAGUUAUUCACACAGAUUCCUACAAUGGGCGGAGUCAGGGUACUAAGGAGCUAUUGGGACAUAGUGACUUCUUCAUCAACAACGCUGAUGCCCAACCAGGAUGUUCAGAAAACAACACUUUCGGCGAUGUGAUAUUAGUUGAUAGGAACCAGUUAUCACAUGGAGAAGUACUCCCUGGAUGCAGCCAUAAGAGAUCUUUCAAGUACUUCAUCGAGUCGCUGAUGCAUGGCAGUUGCUCUUUCAUAGGAAUAAAGUGCAACAACUACGAAGACUUCUCUAAUUUUUCAGCUUCUAACGCCGAGGCAAGCCGCGCACCGAAUGAGGCAACCUCGGCGCGCCGUGAUGUGAUUUGCCGCGGAACGAAACAACAUGUUGCCGCGAGCAGCGGCAUGCUCACAGCUGAUCUGUACAGCAGCACAUGCUCAGCACUUAUUUAGUGGAGCGGGCAAAUGUACCAGUUGUGAGGAAAAUGAUAGCUGUAGAACAUUCGGAGCAAAAUCUUAUCCCCAUUCUAUACAGAAGACAGUCUUUUAUCUCGAUACGGCAGACGAUACCCCCUUUUGCAUGUUCCUGGUGAAAAUCAGUGUAUCUGUCAAAACAGAAAAAGAGAGGGAUGGAUACUUUGAGUUUAUUUUGGUGGACGAGUCAGGGGAUAUUACAGAAGCUGUCCCAUCUUACAAAAAAGAGUACAAAACUAUUAAAGGAGAUUCUAAGAAUACUUUUUUAUACUUUGCUCAUCCUCCCCAACUGGGUAGAAUAAAAGAAGCAAAAGUGAAAUGGAAUGAGAAGAAGAAGAUUUAUUGUUUCCUGUAUUGUGAUCAACACAUAAAUGUUGAAAGGGUGGAGAUAGAACCAGUACAACAAGGCAAACAUAAAGGAGAGGUGAGUAUAUUAUGUCCUCCACCAGAAGGUUCCAAAAUAGAGAAUGGCGCGUACAAAUCAUUCUCAAUAUGCAGCUCAACGUUUGGACAAAACCUUACAUCUACAGGAUCUCAUCAUAAAAACAAGAGCGUGACAUGUGCGGUAGUUAAGCCAGCUAAGAAGCACAACACAAUACAUAUAUCUACAACACCUAAACCAUCGAAGCCGUAAAUCGACCAUUCCGAUCUGUCCACGGAAGGGGAUCUACUUUCAUUCGUGAUCUGGGUAGCAAAUUUCCUAGGGUGCUAAAAAAGGAAUGAGAAGUAGAUUUUAGAACAUCACGAUUGUGUAAAACUACCGAGCUGAUGGAAAAACCGAAAAACGAUAUCUGGCAGCGACUGAAACGAAAAGUGCGGUUAGAAUAAAUGUUUGACGGG